GCUCUGCGAGGUUUCUCUUGAACCCCUCGAAUCAAAUUUGUGUCUUCGUGUGCUCUUGCAGUGAAUUCUCGCAUCCACCGAGGUUUCUCUUAUCUCGCUGCGCACCUCAAUUUCUGUGGGCACUCAUCAAAUUCUUCUUUUUAUUUAAGACGUGUAGUUUCCAUUGAAGCGCGAUGUCGGUGCUUCUCCAGGCGUCCAUUGUCGGUAGCAGUUUGUUUUCAGAGCAGGGCAGUGGUCUCUCAGCUGGUUGCUCCAGUGCUGCUGAUUCUAGCUCUGGUGGGGUUUGCCAAGUGUCUGCACGAGGGUCAUCAUGGCGGGCUCUUGCUGGAGAGCAUCGUCUGCUGUGCGUUUCUCAGGCCGGAAGAACUUGGCAGGUGCGUGCGAAGCCUCAGCGUCAGAAAGAAGAUGAGGACGAUGACAUUUUCUUCCCAGAAGCUGAAGAGAUUGACAGAGAGGCGCUUCAAGCUUUUCUGGAUCUCGAACUUCAAACCGAUUAUGAGUUAGACGACGCACGGCAUUAUGAGAUCAUGUUCUUGGUUCCCGAGAGUAACCUUGAGAAGGUCCCAGAUGUGAUCAAGAAGGUUGAAGCUUUUGUUGCAGAACAGAAAGGAAAGAUUUGGAGAGUAAACGACUGGGGUGUGAGGCGCCUAGCUUACAAGAUUAAGAAAAAUGAACGGGCUAAUUAUGUGCUUAUGAACAUAGAAAUGAAGGCCGAAGCUAUCAAUGAGUUGAAUUCCCUGUUCGAAAAGGAUGAGCGUGUGAUUCGGCACAUGUGCAUUUCUCAAAAGCAAGCAUUUACGGAAGACACAGUACCCCCUCCGAACUAUUACUCCGAAUCAGCUGAAGGUGAUGAGGCUCAAGCAAAUGACGAAUAUGAUGACGAUUCUGACGAAGAAGAGGAGGAAGAUGAGGAAGUAGCUAGUGAUUCAGAUGGGAAACGAGGAUGGGAUAAGUUAGUCCAAGGGCAGGAGAGAUCUGUGGGACGUUAGGUUUUGCGCUUUCAAAUUGAAGAAAUUUUUACUCGAUCCACUAAAUGUCAGGGGUGUACUUCCGUGUCUCUCAUGGCUGAAGUCCCUGUUUUGGGAUACGUUGGUAUAGUUCACAACUUUGUCUACGCAAUUCUCGUCCCCCAUUUUUCCAGGCAUGAACAAGUUCCAUUCGCAUUCA